AUGUUGCGCGCCGGUCGACGUAUUGUAUUCAAGUACGCCUUCCGGAGGCUACCCUACCCCUACCACCCUCCCUCCCGUUUGCGGGACGUUGUCCAACGCCAACUGUUGUGUAUCUGCAUCCAGUCAUCGACAUCAUCGACCCUGGCGCGGCCGCCGUUGCUUUGCUCAGUGGUCGGUGCCGACCGGUCUAUGCGUGCCUGGAACGAACGACUGAACGAACGCUCCUUUUACCUUGUUGCUCUUGCCAAGUCUUAUUAA